AUGUUCCGAGCCGCCAUCCUUCUCGCCCUUCUUGCCUCUGUGUUUGGUACGUGCAGAAUUAAAAUUAGCUUUCUAUCGUGCUUACCACACGGUGUUAGCAAAUAAACUUUGAUCUUAAUCGUAAGUGCCUUGCGUUAUUUUCUAGGAACCGAUGACUUUGAAACAGAACCGAAUUCGUACUUUGCUUUUAUGCAGCCGUUUUCACAAAGACCGCAGGUGCGUUCUAGUUGUAAUGGCAUUUUAGGAAAGGUCCUUCUACUGCAUGCACUGACAUUUUUCUUUCAUUGUAGUCAAUUACCACAGAGGGUCAGACUGUUCCAGAGGGCUCACAAUCCACUCCCUGUGAAGUUGGAAUUUCUUGUUGGCAACCGUUAACUGGUAGGCUUGUGUUAGUGCAGUCAUGCAUGUAUGGAAACUGCCAGAGUUUAACUAAGAUAUUAUUUUCCAGUCGAAACAGACGGUUGCAUGAAACUCAUCACGUUCUGCCAAAUAUUAAUCAGAGUACUAUUCUUGUCUUUUAGACAAACAGUUUUCAUAUCUUUCGGUCGGACCAGAGAAUGGGACAGGCGUAAUUAUUCUAGUUCCAGCCGCCGGAAUUAGACUGCCCACUGCAGUCAUUGUCAGGGACGUUGGUGAAAAUCUGCAGGGUACAUUCCACAUUUCUCUAAUUUGCCAACUUAAAUACUAGGAAUGGUGCUCUUACAUUAUUUAUGCGUGUAUUCCACAGCAGUAAGACUAUAAUAUUAAGCAUUAAUUGUUACCAUGGCAGUCACUUGUGUGUUGCACUUCAUGCAUCGUUCGCUUCUGCACAUUCAUUGUCUUGACAAACAAUGGACAAUUAAACCCUUCUCAAACGCUAUAUCCGCAAGGGCAGCGGCGAACUGACAACUGACAUCCAUUGACUUGACAAAUGGUGGACAAUUAAACAUGAAUAAAAUAUAAUAGGCUAUGUUCAAAAGUGCCGAAUAUAUGCUCUCAAUGUAAGAGAAAAAGGGACAUAGGACCCACAAAAUUGUGCAAUGGAUGUCGACUAUGCAGGUUAUUUUUAAAAGUAGCACUAAUAUACGUGCUGGUGCAAUACUGCAUGAUUGGAAUAUGUACGGUUUUUAAAUAAUCGCAUGAGUAGAUCCUAUUUCAUAGCCAUGAGGAGAUUGACUUUUUCAAGUCAAACGUGUGAGAAAAACGGAAUCUUCUACGAAAAGAGUAUAAAAGGACGUUUUUGCACGUUUUCUACAAAAUACACUUGCAUUUAUAAGGGAGCCAAACAUCUAAUCGGAAAAUGCAUACUACUCAACUAGUCAUUUUUGAGAAGUAUUGCAUGCAUGCUUGCUAUAAGAAAAUCUCUCGGAAGCGUUUCUGAUUUCAAAAUAACUCCAAACCCGACAUGCCUUUACAUUUACAUUAUAAGUUUCAAAAGUGCAAGCUGUAUACUUUCUCUGGGAAGAAAUUUGCUUACUUCUCUACUUUGUCAAGACCAAUUCAAAUAGAACCCAUGAAGUGUGCAACGGAUGAAGACUAUUUUGUCCACUUUAUAAGCCAAGAAAUUAAACUUGGUUAUGCGAUGUUGUGUGAUUGGAAAUUGCAUGACCAUUAUAAAGUUGUUAACUAAAAACGUUGCUAUAACCAAACGAGCAGUUUGUUUAAAUGCAAAAUGUGAAAAAGACGAAAUUGACUACUAACAUGGUAAAGGAGGGAAUGGUUUGUGCAUGUGGUGUACACAAUAUAUUUGAUCUUAUAAAAAACCGGAAAUCUAUGGAAACCCUAUGCUAAAUAAACUGUCAGUAUUUGUUGAUUAUCGUUUAUGCAGGCGGUCGAAAAGAGCUUCUAUCGAAAGGCGGCAUCCUGGCGUGACUAUAACAUCCUGGAAAUAUGCGGCACGAUAAAUAGUUUGACAACCGUUCUAGCGUAUUUUUUUAAACAUAAAACGCACUGCAAAUUAUGGGUAGAUAUUUCAUGAGACAGCAUAUCUGUUGUGGGUCAAAUUCAAAAGAGCGCAAGUAUUCGUUUAAUAAAUCAGGUCAACCCAAUGGUUGCUCCUCUAAAUCUGAUUACAAACGUUAUUCCAUUUUUUAAAACUUUUAAAACCAAAAUAUAUUAAGCACUAUUAUCUAUGCAGUCCCACCCUUGCCAGUCGUCGUUGGAAAUAUCGUGAAUCUUGACCUAAAUACCACAGCGGAACGAGAAGUAAUUCUUUACUACUCCGAGGACGUUAAGGUCUGUAAAGUUUCUUUUUAUGAAUUAACAUUGAAUUUCGGUAUUAACAUAAGGUCGUUUAAUAUAAACAGACUCUGUUUAACAUAUAUCGGGGUUUUACAGGACACCAUUGUUGGAGGGAAUAUACACAAAUCUAAUGAAGCGGGACCGAAAAACGGCAAAAACGUGUUGCAUAUUCCAUACCGUAAGUGACGCUUGUAACAAGGCGAAAUUGUAAGCCACAAAAGACGUCAUUUUUAUAUAAUUUUACUAUAUUACACGGGUGCACACAAAUUCUGUGUUUAACUAUUCAGCACAGAAAAGUGUGCCUUCUACAUCAGGUGAUUUUGGUCACAAACGUUGCCAAAUUAACCAGAUAUUUUGAGAGAAAUAUUGAAUAGAAGCGUCGAAUCAUCCCCAGGAAAAUAGAGCCUGACAUAUAAAUUAGGUUGCGAAUACAUUUUCCAUUCACUUAAGCAUAAACCAACAACCAGUGCCAAGUCCACAAUAGAAGUUAGCAUUAGUCCACAAAUGCCUGACUCGAUGUUUCUAAUUGAAGCACGUGGUUGGUUGGUUUAUUACGACUUGCGGAUUGCAUGGUAUAACUUGCACCAGGAAACCUAUAGUAGAAACUGUUUCCAACGUAACAAUAUACCGUAUUAUUUCAUACACUGAUAGUUGAAGAAAUGGCGAAGGGACAAACCUUUGUCCUGCUGACGGGACACCUGGAAAAUACAAGUUUGGAAUACACAUUCAAACUUAGCGCAAGUAACUCUGACAUGAUUAGGGUGGUGCCAGUUGAAGGACAGUAUCCACCGAGGGUGGUUCGUGUUUCCUUUAGCGGAGAGCCGCCUGUCCGCCUCUGUAAAAUCCUAAUAUCCAUCCACUCGAUCAUCUCACUCCUGGCUUUUGUUUGAAAUACAAAUUUUUGGAGUAAAAAAAUAAAUGUUUUAUUGUCCCCGCGUUUGUUCUUUAUAUUCUCUGCAAUUGCAUUUGCGAGGAGGGGCAAACCACCGGUUAGAACAUGCAUUUAUCCCUAGUAUUUGCGUUCGUAUUUACCCAAGCGGUUCUUCAGCAUGAACAUAUGCAUUCUGUCGUGGAUGGAGUAAUAAUAUCGGCUGGACAUUCUAUUCUGCUUUUUCAUAUAUUGACGGGUUUCAGUUUGUUCGUACAUUUCACCACGAAAGAGGAUGAAAACGAUGGGAAGCCGUUAGGGAAAUACAACAGAAGAAUCAUUUUUAAGAAGGAAACUAGCCACGAGUAUUUUUCGACAGGAGGAAAAACAGACCCAGGUUAGACCGACUAGAUCUCAUACUUUGGGGUAUCUACGUAGCGCCUAAGUGCUGUAGGUGAGUUAACUCAUGGAAUUCCAGCCAAAAUUUCAAAAUGCGUUUUCGUUCCGAAUCAUCUUAUUCUUGGCCAUUGUUUGAAGGACAUUUUUGAAGGAUAUAAUAAAAGACGCAUUGCCCUCUUUUGUUCUUAACAUUCGCCAUAGUUUCCUUUGUGAGGAAAAGCAAACUACCGGCUAGAGCAUGCAUUUGUUACAAAUAUAUGCGUCACUCCUUAUCUAGGUGGUUAUACAGCAUGAAAAUAUACGCUCUUUCGUGCAUGAAGUAAUAAUAUCGGCUGGACAUUCGAUGUUGCUUUUUUCCUAUAUUGACAAUUUUUUUAAUUAUUUCGUAUAUUUAGCCUCAGAAGUAGAUGAAGGAGAUGGGAGGCCGUUGGUUAAACACAACAUGAAUAUCAUAUACAAGAGGGAAAUAAAUUACGGCAAUUUUUUGACAAGUGAAAAAAACGGACGCAUGGUAGACCUACCAGGUCUCAUACAUUUGGGGGGAAACACGUAGCGCCUAAUUACAGUAGAUUAACUAAUUCACGAAAUGUCAACCGAAAUUUCGAAUUGCAACCUCGUUCCGAAAAAAAUUAUUAAGUAGGGUUGUAAAACUAGUCAGCGGCAGCAUAAUUCUAUUAUAUUUCAGUUACCUCAGGAUGCCGGCUAUUGAAGAAACUUCCAUUCUGCUGCAUGCAAAAAUUACCCUCCGUAAAAAAUGACUACAUAAAUAGCAUGAAUUUGUCUCAUUGAUUUUUGAUGCCUCUAAAAGUCCAAUUAUAGUUCAUAAGAAACACGCAUAAAAUAUUCAUUCUUUUGCUCUUUCGAUAGACAAUGACCUCUGCUUCCAAUAUUACUCGUGAAGGAAGUGUAAAAUGCAGUUUUCAAAAAGUGUCUAAUUAUGAUAAUUUUUAUACCAUGACAUGGCUGCACAUAAAACGUCUCAUCUCUGCAUUUACCAUUGUGGCCUGUAAGGUUUCCAUUAGGACCCAAGUUCACUGCUGCAUUUUGGGAACUCUAUAUCGUCUCCUCUUUAUACUGUAGAGAAACUGACGAUUUUUAAUACGCAGAAAAUAUGUGGUUUGUAGUUUGUAAACCUUGAAUGCAAGCGCAACUGCAUGUGGAGUUUAAAAUUAUUCAAGAAGUGGAAAGUUUCUGGAACCCGAAUUAUACUUUUCGUUCGAAAAUAGAAUUGGAAGAAGACGUCAUUUUCUACCGAACGAAAGGAGGAAUGAAUAUGCUUAUGCACGUUUUCUAUGAAAUAUAAUUGCAUAUUUAAGGGUAUCAAAAACCAGUGAGAUAAAUGCAUGCUUAGUAGGUAGUCAUUUUUCACGAAGUAUGGAUUUUGCAUAAGGCUAGAAAGAAUUUUUGUCAAAAACCGACAUCCUGAAAUAACUGAAUUAUGAUAGAAUUAUUUUGCGCGAUGAUCAGUUUUAAAACACUACCCAGUUAAUCGUUUCGAACGGAAGACGCUUUAAGGAAUUUCGAUUAACAUUUCAUGGGUUAGUCCACCUACUGUUGUCAGCGUACUCAGAUCCUCAUACUAGUCAUUGAGGAGUUUUUUUAUAGCGGAGAAGGAGAAAGAUACCAAUAAAAAGAGUUGUGUAAUAUGUGCAGACGUCCAGUGCUGGUCGCAGACGCCGGACCGCGGCCGUGAACUGGAUCUGUCCGCGUGGCUGUUCGCCAGGACGACGUUGGCGUGAACUGGAUAAGCAUUUUGCAGAAACCAGUCAGCGUCAGGCUGGAAAGUUCAUUGAGCAUGUUUGUGAUUGGCCUGCCCAGAGUCUGGAUACGUGCAGGUUUCCUGAUCGCAUGAUGCCAGCUGUGGUUCUCGAGGCGCUACAUACACCGACCGACACUAACAGCCAAACCCGUAUUUUUGACAGUCGAUUGUGAAUCACGAAACGCGAUGUUAAUUCACAAACUAUUCAAGAAUAGCCUAGAAUUCAAUGGACUUCGCCGUCGGUUAGUAACCACAAAAUAGUGAUGUGGGUAAUCGUUCUCCCCAUCCAGAGCCAACGCUUAUGAAAAGCGUUGAGAACAGGGCAGUAUGUUGAAGAUAAGUCCCAGUAGACCACAACUGGCGCUGUCAACUUCCAGAGGGAUGGUUAACGUAAUGUAAGUAGUGCUGGGUAAACAGUACCAUGCGUCGUUCAUCCCCGACACAUAAGUCUGACCUGGAGUAUCACUUCAAAUCGUCGAUCAAAUUUGAAUGCGCUCAGUUUGAAGAUGUUGACACAUUUCGUAAGUCAUGCGAAUACUGUCUAAUUCGAUUCGCUGGACACAGAACUGAAAUCAUUUAUUAAUUGGCAUGAGUCCCGCCAAUUACAUUUUUGGCACCACUCACGGAAUGCCUACUGACUCCUUUUUCUAGGACGUUUUGCUAUAUGUUAUUCAAAUAGCAGUGUAACCAAACGCCUCGACAAUCGCAGUGAAAGAUUGGUGACAACAGACGCGAGUGGCCUCUGUUAAGUUAUUUUCUGUCUUCGGUCUAUCAUAACCAGCGUGAAAUAUUGAUAAACGAUGAUUCGUUUGCAAAACUCUUAAUCAUUGAGUGUAACAGUCUGCCAAUGAACAAGGACUCGACCAACCACAAAAUAUUAAGCACAUAAUCGACGAUUACGUCAACGGCCUGAGCAAACGGUUUCUUGGAAUUUUUUGGAGACGAUAUACAAAUCACCUUCUAAGUAUAAACCCAUUCUACACAGAUUUCACGGAAAGGGUUUGCCAGCUAGGUUUCAACAACCGCUCUCCCGCACGCCACAGGCUACGUUUGCAAUGUGAUCAGGAACGUGUUUAUGAGAAUACCUCAACACAUCUGAACUAUCCUUAGAUAGAAACACAUUCAGAAUUUGGCAGAUUACGUUGAUGCUGACCCACAUUCGUCAUACGCAUGAGAAGACCCCGUGCGUUUAGAAGUAUGCAAAACCAGCUCUGCCAGAGUGGAAGGAGAAGACGAAAAGCACCAGAAUGAGGAGUUUACUGUGCACAGAUGCCGGAGUUGUCCUCUCAGGCGACAGUGGCCACUGGUGAAGCCAGGGCUGGUGUUGGCUGCGUCCAGUCAUGUGUGAGAGCCCCUUGAGCACUAGUGGCAGCCGCUUUUGUGGGAUCUUGGACCAAGCUCAAAUGGUGUUCAGUCAGUGUGUGUUGCAUUUGCCGAGGGAUGGUGUCCCAGUGGCUUGUUUUUCUGGUUGCGGGGGAUGGCGCUUUGAAGUGGCGCAUGGGUAGCCGCGACUGUGCGGACCUAGGUAUGUCCGAGCUGUCGGUUGUGUGAGUUCAAUUCUGCAUGUCUAGAACUGCCCACUGCAAAGAGGUGAAUGACCCAAUGCAGCGAGGCCUUGAACAAUGACGGCAGACCGCUCAUGACGGCUAGCUGCCACAAUCUCUCCCUUUAGCAUACCCUCACUCACAGUGCCCAUCCUUAUUUAACUAGGAAAUUCUGACCUCAUCUGACUAUCUUCAUAUAUUACCAAAUGAUAAGUCAGAGCUUAGAAGAAUACCCAGAUUUUACCGAGCUAGAGUUAAUCUGACUCAUAAAUUAAGAGAUGACAAUAAGUGUCUGCUGAAUCAAAGGGAAUUCAUGAGCGUUUACGGCGUGAACCAGUGCGUUCAAUUCAUCCACGCUAGUUUUACUUACGAUAGCCGGGAAUUCGAUGAGAACUGCAUCGCAGAUUUGCCCAACAUAGGAUUCUCUACCUCGUCGGAUCACUAUGCUGCCAAAGCCGGAUGCGGCCCAUAGGUUAAUUAAAGACGCAUCACUAAAUUUACGGUCCGAUCUUGAUUAAUAAUGACAACUUUCGAAGUCUACCUGAAGCUGUUGGUUUGAAUCCACAACCCAGAUGGACAUCCUAGGUGACAUUACUGAAGCAAAUCUCCCCGUCAUUCACAUCGCCUCAUAUCCCCUUUUGUUAGUAGUAUGUUUGAAUAAAGCUAGGUGGCUUCCCUGACCCACCACCAUGCAGCAUGGACGGAGUCAAAAACAUAGGCAUAAUCUGCGGGAGCAGAUUAGGAUGUCAUGCUAUAAACAGUGGCGGCAUUUGAGAGACCGGCGAGGCGAUAAUUGCCCCUCCUCCCUCUUCCUGCUCAAAGUAAUAUAUUUGUCUUUUUUCGUACGUUGUGAUAUAAGUGAAUUCGAUAUAACAAAACGACUACUCUGAAGUAGGAUAUUAAAUCACUGCAGAUAUGUCAGAUCAUGAACUUUUGGCCGAAAUUCUGAGAUGCGUUUUCGAUUCUAAAAGCAUACGUAGGUGGGGCUGCAACUUAAAUUGCCACGCAGCGUAACCUUGAGAUAAUUCAGCUAAUUCAAGAUGCCAGAUUUUGAACAAAUUCCUUCUGGCUGCCUGCAUACCCUACACUGGGAGAAAUGACUGAUCAAGUAAUGCUAACAUUUACAUUGAUUUUCGAUGCCCCUUUAGAUUCAAAUUAUUUCCGGGCAGACGUAUGACACUAUCUAUUAUUUUACUAAUUUGGCAGAAAAACGGAAGCUCAUAUACAGUUAUAAACUGUCUCACACUUGAAGAUCGGCUUAACGGCUGGGCGUCCCUCGCGGUGCAAAUAAGUAAGCUCCACGUCUAUACUUCUCGUUUUUUUUUCAGUAGGCAUCCUAUUUAAAGAAAACGAACUACUUUCCAAUGUCGAAAAACUCUCAGUCCCGUUUGAUUCACACCAGUAAGGGCACUAUCUCACACACCUUUGUUGGUCUUUUGUGAAAUGAGAUUUACAAGCGGUGGAACGUCCUAGUCGUCAUAAUAAGGAGACUACGGUAUAUGUGUUAUUUUUAUUUCCAAAAUAGUUCUUAAGUAAUGUUGUAAUACUAAUUGUCAUAUAGCCUAGUCCCAAGAUAUUUUUCCUAUAUCAUGUCGCAGGCUUUUGAACGAACGUAACGUUCGCCACCUGCUUAAAUUUCACUCUUUUUAAUGCGACAACUUGUAGCUAUAAAUUUAAAUAUAUUUUAUAGGAAGCAUGCGUGAAACUAUUUUUGUUGCGCUCGUUUAUUAGAAAGUGGGUUCUCUUCAAAUGUAAUCGUCAAAGACAGAAUGUCACUCGACCAAAAAGAAUUUUUAAUUUCCAAAUCAUUUUAAACUGGAACUGCUGUCGCACUUGCGUUCAGGGCUUCUAGACUACAAGCUCUACGCCCUUAAGAAGAAGAACAUAAAUAUGACCUUUUGUGAAAUCUAAAAAUACGUUCUCUUUAGGAAAAAAAUAUAAAGAGGACAUAAUUUCAUGCCAAACGUGUACAAGAAACAUAUGUUUGCGCAUGUUUUUCAGAGAAGAUAAUUUAAUUGAUAAGGACACCGAAAAUCAAUGAUCAUGCUAAUUUAUUAGUCAUUUUUGCACUGUUGUGUUUUGCGGGGGACAGGAGAGAGGCUACUUCAAGGGUCCUCAUCUAUUCCUGUCGGCUGCGUCCUAAAACUGUUAUGUUUGUGAGCUAAUAUAAGAACCAUUCCUGUGUGAAAUAUUCAAUGUUGAAAUCACAUUUCAGAUUUCCGGUUACCAGUUCAUGAAAUGGCACACCUACCGUGUGCAUAAGAGAACUUUCACUUAUUAAACUUUCAUCUCUUGCCUUCGUUAUGCUCCAGCAAGCACUCGGAUCAAUCAACACCCUUGGGUUAGUUUUGAUUAUUUUUUUGCCUCACUCCUAACCGACUCAAAAUCUAGUCAACGUUCGUUUUGCGCGCAGUCCUCGUCGUAAGCGAUUAUCAUUGGCGUUGUUUGCCUCUUAAUGCUAGGCGUCAAUUGAUCCAGGAUAUGCAAAAGUUAUAUUUCCCCCUGGAUCACUAUUUAAGCUUGAAGCAGGGAAUUUCCUUGCUCACUGUUACAAAGCAAACAUUAUUUCGAGCUCACUUCGGCCGGAGCGUCCGCGUUUUUUCGCAGCUUUGUUAUUUAUAGUCCUCUAUUUUUGAAUACGCCUCCCCCAAAUCUACCAUUCACGGUCGCUGAACCAUAUUGCUUCCGUUUGCUAGUUUACUGCCAUCCGAGUUUACCAAGUAGUAAAUGAAGUCGUCAAUGAAUGAAAUGUCUAAGUCAGUGUCAAGGAGCACGUGUCUGGCAUUUCUUUUGUGGAAUUUCUGCCCGCAAGUACAUUUAACAAGUACCUGAACCAUCGACGUUUUUGAUUGCUUUUCAGAACCGGAAGACUAUAUCUGAUUUGCUUGAAGUACAUCCACGAAGAAACACAUCGGUGGUAUACACAAACGUUAGGAAUGAGACGAAGCGAUGGCAACCAAGAUGGAACGUGCAAAAGUAGCCUACUUGAGAAAACAUGCCUUAACGCACUGUGCGUAGUUUGGGCGUUCAGAGACGCAUUCCCGGAGAUGAUGGACAGCAAACCUUUCACAGUCUGAUGUUAUUAUCGAGAAUUGGCACUUUUCACCACCCAACUGGUGCAUUGCUAAUUGAAACCGUCGUAUCAUUGCGUAUUGUUCUUAAUCCGUUAAACUUAAGCUGUUUGGAUUUACAGAGACUACAGGCAGUUUUAACUGUUUCUGUGGCUCAUCGGCCAUUUUCUGAUAUUCAAGUAUAGGCUUUCAAACCGACACUUAAAGAUAUUAAAAGAUUGACUCCGAGUGCGUACAAUAAUUUUGCUCGGAAAUUGAACGAGACACUCCUAUUGAUUGCAUAAAAGUGAGGCGCAAGUUUAUGGUUUAUGGCCGGGCUACUCAUUCCGAGAAUCCAUUGUGCCAAAAGGAAAUAACUGGCGAUACUUUUGUUUACGUGGUAGCCGGGCGACCUCCGAUCGUGUUACGGAAUUCACUAAUCCCACUACGUCUAAGGGCUCACCCUUGAGCCCUACCAGCAACCAUACAGUGGUGCAUGAUAUGGGCAGAAUACCAUUACCGACAGAGACUUCGGGACUGGGUAUGACUGGCUGACGAUGGCUAGUAAUCCAGAAAAAAAGUCAUUUUAGUCAUAAUCAUGAUUUUUCGAGAGCAAGCCAGCGCUCUCCAAAUAGGCCUCUAGAUAUCCCGAGGGAACCGCUCGCGACCUUAUGAAACAAUCCUUUUAUGUCUGUUGUGUUACUGGCAUAUGCUGUCUCAUAAUUGUUGGCAAAAUGGAGGAUCAACAUUUGUGAUAACGCAAAGUUUUUAAACGUUCCACUAUUCUGCUCAACACAAAUGUUUCCCGGAGUAAGAAAUCCCGGCCAUAAAUGAUAUCAUUGUCAACUCACAAGGACAUAACGUCGCAUGCGUAUAGGCCGAUCAGUGAUUAGUAUACUCGUAUCAAACAGACAAGCGCAGCCGUAAGCACCGUUCUAUGAUUAUAAAAGCACAAAAGUGUGACCAUACGGAUAUCAGGAUAUUUCUAAAACUGGCUAUGUCCUACCUGCUUACUGUCUAUAAAACGUAAGUUCGGAAACUAGGCUGUACACAGAAUAUCUUACCGUAUGUUUUUAUACUAAUAAAACACUUGGUAAGGGGUAUUUUUGCGAUAAGUUAUUAAGUGUUCGCAGAGGCCAAUACCAUAUGGGAACGUUAAAGCAAAGGAUUGCUGGUAGACUUAAUUACUAUGUUUUAGGACAAGAAAUCACAUAAAUGUGCAAGGCUAAACUUUUAACACCGAUAGCUUACCUGGCUAUCCAGAAAUAACCUUGCCUACACCCUACUCUAUCUGAUUUACUUGAAAAAAAGUCAAGUUUAAGUGCGGCAAGUUCUGUUUGACAACAUACCAACAGGAAAGCACACUUAUUCGAAAAUAGUAUUUAACGUAGAAAACUGCCCGAAUACAAGAUAACGUAGAUUACUGGUCACUUUCGCAAACAAUGUGACUUCUGAAAUUACAAAUAAGCAUAUGUUUUAUGCCAAAAGAACAUAUUCGAGAACUGGUUCGGAGAAGUAAUAAGAUGCACAGCAUAUUCGGUGCCAGAAAUUGAUCGUAGCAUAGUUUAGCAUCACGUUGCAUGAGUAAAGUCGCAUACUGUAGCUAUUACCGUCGUUACUCGCGUUACUCGAAUUGCCGUUUUCAAUUUGUCAAAAAACCUAUAGCCUAUGCUUGAAAAUUGCUCAAGGUGAUUAGCAUUUGUCGCGGAAUAAUACGGAGUAAACGUUUUGGCAUAUUUGUUUAAAUAAAGCGCGUGUUAAUUACGAUGCGAUGCCUACUUUCUAUCAAACUACUGUGUCCUUCGAGUCAGUUCCUCCUUUCUACUUUUAGAAACAGCUGAUGAUGGAUGUUCGUCCUUCUUUCACCACAUUCUCAUUUGUGAAGCAUUUGCGUUUUUGUAAUCGAUGUUUUGCGUCUCACCGUUUUUGCGAAGAAAGUCAAAAAACCAAAUAAUUAUACUGAUCAUUGUGUUUUUAUGAUUUUUCCAUGAUGUCUUGAACGUGUCUAACCCAAAAGACAAUGGAUAUACAAAGGCCACGAUCAAGCACUUUGCAAAAGAUUUUGUUUUAUAGGUGAACCGCAGGAACCCAACAUCUUAAAUGGACGAAUCAUGCCCGCUUCUCGUAUAGCCCUUUUAAACAAAAGUUUUGAUUUAUUCUUCAUUAUUGCAAUUCAGAACGCGAAAUCAUACAAAUGUCUUGAUCUGACCUUAAAGAAUCGAUUGGACGGCGGAGUUUCUAAAAGUAACCUGAUUUAUCUUUUUAACUUGACACAAAAAACCCGUUUUGCACUGCGCAAGCUCUGUUCAGUUAAAAAAAUUUGGAGAUAAACUAGUCAUCGUUUGAGUGGAAAAACGGAGUCUAUUAGCGUACGAAUCUGCUGGAUAAAUUAAGACGAUAAUUUUUGCACGCAUUCGUGAGUGUAAUUGGCUGGACACACUUUCUGCAUCAGAAAAGGAUCUUUGUAGGAAAGGUUUGAGGGACUAAGCAAAAUGUAAAACAUUUGUGGUGUGUAAAAUGUGUUAUCUUAGUUUCCGUCAUUGUGUUUGUUGCAUUACAUCACCUAUGACAGUAUCACCAAGACUGUAUGAGUUGCGGCUGUAAACGCUGGGUUUGCACGUUGUGAUGACUUGACUGCUUUCAGAAUUACUGCUACAACGCCCAAUCUUAUUAUUUUUUAUGUAUUUGCGUAGAAUUUUUAAAAACGAAAUAUUUGUUGCCUUGACAAUCUGACUCAGAAGCCUGUUAGUUAAAUACAGGCUUACCUGGAAGCUUGCUGAUAUUUUUGCAAAGAUGCUGUGCAGUUACGUGCACAAGACGUAGCCUGAAUCGGAUCAUAUUAAACGCACUGCACUUGUUUUUACAGUAACCACAUAUGUGAAAAGCAGGAUUGGAUUGGGGCAAGUCAGUAAGCUAUAGGACGACCACUUAACAACUGUAUUGUCAGUAAUCUCAUUUUGGUCGGUUGGGGUGUUCAAGGUGUUAUUUUUUCCCUAGUUUGGUUGGCAUCCGGAUUUGGGAGAAGAUGGGUGAGCUAGGAAUACAGCCCUUACCUCAAAAGUUCUCCAGUGCACUAUAUGCUCACAUGCGACUAGUAUGACUCAACAGUUGUUACUCGUGCUAACAUAAUCCUUAGACUAACGUAACCUGGUUACACGGAGUCCGCGGCUGCUAUAAAACGCCCAGGGGAGGUUUCCCCGAAUUUCAUGAGGUCUAGAAAAGCUUGGAUAAAUUGUCAUCGGGUUGCUUGAAAUGCGUAGUCAACGUUGUCCUUAGACAGCUUGGCAUCCCUUAGUAAGAGAACACAGAUAACCGAAUUGUUUCAUAAAGUCAAACGAAGCUCCACUGAGACAUUCAAGGGCGUUGUCUUGUUCACGAUAAAUCCUUAGUAUGCCUUAGUAUGCUGAGGGAGUUAAGUUAAACCUGUUGAUAAAAGGACAAACUGAGCAAAGCAUGUAGUUGUCAAAUGGGAAUUGCACAUAGUCAGAAGUCUUCGGGGAGUGUCGUAAAUAUUAAUGUAUGCGAUAAACAGGUGUUUCUCUUCGCAGAAUAGCAGCUCGUAUGACAUGAUUAACACCGAUGCUGCUUCCGCUGAUGCGAGUACUUGUUCUUAUAAUGGUUUGGGUCUUUCAAGAAAACCCGGUAUAUAACUCGGCUAAAUUCGACUGUACCCACCUGCGCACUCGAAAUAAUCCGUGUGUGCAGACGUGACCUCAUCGUCUAAUCGCAAAUUUUAACUUACUGAAUGAACCACAGGAUAACAGCAUUUAGAAUAUAAACUGUAGAAAUAAUAUUAUUUUCACUCAAACGAGCGAAAGAAAUCAUGCUUUCGUGCAUGCUUUUUAUAAGGUAUAUUCAUGGCAAGUCCGAAACACCGUAGAAUUAUGUCACAUGAUAAGCGGUAUUGCAGCACCACCUAAGAAAGCCUUCCUAUUCGAGAACGGUGUUGAGAAUUUCCGCCAACAAUUCGUUAGAUCGGAAGUUAAGUGGAACGUCUUGAUAGUAGGUAAAAUCGUGAAAAAUAUGUGGUUUUAAAAUGGGGAUUGGAGAAAGUCAGCACACUUGGAGUGGUUAUUGAGUAAGAGUAUUGCAUAGAUAAAGGUUAGGCUGCUGCGGCCGCUGUUUAUGCUGCGGAUACGUGUCAUAUUAGUGAUUUGAACAGUUCGGAGAAACCCCGUAUAUCGUUUGGUUAGAUUCGACUGGAUCCACCGGAUAUUCCAAAUUAUCCGUGUGUGCGAACACGACCAAAGCGUCCAAUCGUAAUUUGGCUUUACCGACCCAACUGAAUGGGGAACACUAGUCAUUUUGAACAGUAGUCAAAUUCUUCGACCAGCAUAUCCUGUUGUAGUAGAGGGGGUGGUUGUGUGUCAGCGGCCUGGCAACGAUUGUCGCGGCCAUCGACCGACAAAACGGAGCCGGAGAAUAGGGGGACUGGAGCGGCUGCUACAAGUUCGCUUGUCACUUGUUUGUGGCAUGAUGUCCUGACGACCCGGGCAACAUACGCUGCACCGCUGACUGACCCCGUAAUACACAGAAAGCGCCACUGUAUUUUCCAAAUUCUAUCGGCCUUGAUGUCGAGAUUCACGCAGCCCACCGUCAUCACAUUCUGCCUCUGAUCAAGCUCCGUGUAUGUGAACGCUAAAGCAUUAUCUCCGACGAUGUCCGCCUGGUGCUUCACAGUAGUAUGCUAACAACAAAUGUUGGCUUGUGUGUAAGGUAAUUUAUGAUGGAAGUACUGUUGCGCAGAACACAUUGCACACUCUCCUCUCUCAUCCAACUGAGUCUGGCGUCAAGACAAGAUCGGCGACCUUUGGAGGCAUUGUCAGGUAUAAUAAAAGGAGGAAGCUCGUCGGACAGUUGAGGUGUACUAGUGAAUUUUUAAAGUUGGUUAGACCAACUCGUCGCCAGACGAAAUGGAAUGUGUGAGGGAGAUAAUCACGGUAGGGAGCAAAAGGAGGCACCCUCCCGUUCCUAGACGUGAGCAUACAAGCACUCAUUGACGGCGGCCUUGCAAAAAACGUUCACCGGAGAAGCUCUGACGCCGAGACCAUCCUGAUCUAUUCGAGUAACUACUCAGAAGCCCAUAAAAGAAGUUAUGUUCAAUCCUUUUUAACAGGGCCUAUCGUUACUGCAGUAGUGCCAAUUUACUGGCUGGCUUACUUGCAUUGCUUUUUCUGACUCAAUGGAUACCCGGUGAGCUGUAGGAAAAAUUGUCGCAGACGCCAGAGACAAGAACAAAACGUCGACUCUAACGGAAAAAGGGUCUAACAUAAAUUAUAUUCCCUGCCCUACAUGCCGAGAAUUUCCGAAGCGAUCGCUGGACAAUUAAGUCAGUUCGGCAUCUUUAUCGCCCACAGACCAGUGUGUUCAUGUCGCAUCACAUUAUCCCAAGUGAAAGACCCCAUACCGAAGGAACAGCGAACAAAUAUCAUAUACCGCAUUCUAUGUGCAAACUGCUCUACCGUUUAUGUUUGGCAUGCCGGUCGAAGGCUUGGGACCCGCAUUAACGAACAAAAGUUGGCCAUCCACCGACGGGACCCUUGUUACUCGUGUUUACACACGCCCUUUAUUAGGAUCCUCGCUUCAAUUGGGGGUGGACUGCAGUGACCUCCAGCGCCAAUAACAAACAGUUGCGACAGUUUCUAGAAGCUUGGCACUUGAAUAACAAUAUUAUUAACCGCCAUGUCGACUUGGACGCUCCUUGCGUAGGUUUGCGUUCACAUUUCACCGGUUAGCGCCCAUCCUAAGACCAGCUGCUAAUCCGUGUUCAGCCAUGUAGAAUAUCACGGAUUCAGCACCUCCCCACAGUGCGAACCAUGUGUGAAACCCUCAACACCUCCCCUAACGUCCGUCACCUAUACAAACACGUUCUUCACCCCCACACACAGACGUCUGUUUUGACUAUGUAACCUUGAUGUCCCCCAGCUCCCUAGUGCGAUUAUCUCCCUCACACUUUUCAUUGCGUCUGACGACGGGUUGGUGUAAGCGACUUGAAAAUUCACGAGUAUACUUUGAUUUACCGACGAUCCUUCUCCCCUUAUUAUAUCGUCUCGGGAGGCAUACUAACUCCGUUAUUCAUUGUUAGGUAUACCUGCUACACAUGCCUCGUCCUCGCAAGAUGAAUCAGAUCCUCGCGAAACAGAACACAAGUAGGAGGCAAAUCUCGACGGAUGGCGAUGCCAUAGAGGCCACUAUGGGAAGGCGUCAUUGUGGGGGGAGAGAAACUAAAUUGUGUCCCUCGGAAGGGUACUUAGGCAUGGCUGGACGCAGUCAUGAUCAGCUUUGGCUUUAUCCGCGGCUAUUUCUGCCUUGGAGGACAACUCAGGCUUUUGUAUAAAAAAUGCCCUGUCAUUCUCGUGUUCUUCGUCUUCUACUGAUGAUUGUAGAGCAUAGAGAUAACAUACUCACCGACAUGCGCUACAGGUAUUUGACUACCUACGAUCAACAAUGAACACCUUUUUUCUAUCUCUGCUGUUCCUUCUUCUUCCUUCUGCGCUUCAAAUAUGUUGAUACGUUGUCUUAUUAAACGGCUCAUCAUCAGUCGUGAAACAGACACAUGCAUUGAUGUGGACAUUGAAUGGACAAACGCCCUGAUGCAAAUGCCUCCGGAGUUCUAGCAUUUGCUGAUAACUAUUGUGAAAUUCCAAACCGAACCCCCCAGUCAACUGUGUCUUGCAGCGCCAUUAUAUCUGCGAAACGCACACGUCUGGGCUUUUAGCUAGUACUGUUCUGCUAGUAGGGUAUCUCCUCAUGUUAAAAAGUAGAAAAAUUUUGGUUAUAAACUUGCAGGACGAAUAUUCAAGAUAUUAACCAAUGAACGUUUACGUGGUCAUUUGCUUUAAGUGAAAGAGCCUUCGACUCAAAAAGCCCUAAUGAUCGGCUGCUCCUCAGAGUCUGCGACCGUGCUGUGGUUGGUUGCAUACGCGAGUAUGAUCAGAAAAAGCAAUUCUCGCCCCGCUCUCUGUCCGAGGACGUGUUCAGAUACAAAUGAAUUUCUGAAUACUGAAUGCAAAACUGAGGACAGAAGUCGCUCCCGUCUGGUGUGCUACACCACAUCACUGACUGAACAACUCCCUCAACAUCCAGAAAUUCGAUUGUCCUUACCGACCAUAUCCAUCAUGUCCUUGAAAACAGGGCGAGAUUAGGGACAGUGAAUUACUUGCCAUUUCUUUUUGGUGAUAGUAGACUUAGGCAGUGCCCACCGAACUUUCCUACUUGGACCUGGUGUCAUGAUCACGUCAAGAAGAUUGGGGGCGGGAGAGAGCGCUGGUGACCGGCACGACAAAAGCCCGCACAUCAUCUCGCGUUCGGCAAUGUGCACUGGCCUGAAUUUUGCAUGACGGAAAAAAGAUUUCAUUUAAUUGCUGCGACUAGCCGAACCCAAGUAAAUAUCAGAUGACAAGGAUAAGGCUGGAUAUAUGUCAGUUCAUCCGGUCUGUCGUGACACGUGAUCCAGUUUUUUUACCCACCCAGGUUGUGAAGACGAAGAAACGCCUACCAUUGAAACAGCCUUGUUCGCUGAGGCAAUAGUGCGGAAGGAAUUCUUUAAUCUGACGAAAUCAAUCUCCCGGGACCUGAUGCAUUUCCCGCCUUGCUGCUAAAGGAGCUAGCCCCAAAAUGCCCAAAUCGUCAGUCUUGCUCUUACAAUCAUCAUUUGCUACGGGGUGCCUAUCCUCCGUUUAGAAGUCCCCUUCCAUUACUCUGCUUUUUAAGGGUGGAAGGCAUGCGUCUGUGACUAACUAUAGGCCGGUACUUCUUGCCCCCUUCUGUUUCAAGAUCAAGAAGAAAAUCAUCUAGAAAGCGCUGGCGCAGUUCCCCGAGCAACAUCACUUCCUCUCCGAUGCUCAACACCGCUUUCGAAGCAGUAGGUCCUGUCUCACGAAUCUGUUCCUUUCAUUCGAACGCUAAACCAAAGUACACGACGAAGGCAGUGUGGUGUAUGCAAUCUAAGUCGACUUCAAAUAGGUCUUCGAUAGCGUUGCUCACAGACGUCUCUUGAACAAACUGCGCAACGGUGGGAAUGGUGGACGCCUUUUUGCAUGAAUUUAGAGUUAGUUGACUGGACGGAUCCAAAGGGUGCAGGUCGGACGUCUACAGUCCUCUGGGGUAAGUGAGGUGAUUGGCGUCCCAUAGGGCUCUGUUUUCAUAAAUGACUGCGUCAAUGACCUAACCUAUGACGUCUUCAUGUUUCUGAGGGCACAAAAUUGUGGAGUUAUUCCCAAUGCGACAGACGCAGACCACCUUCAGGCACACUUGAACAUGCUCGGGGAUUGGUCGAUGUAUCGUAGGUGGCCUAACUCACGAAAUGUUAACUGAAAUUCCGAAAUGAGUUUUUGCUUCGAAAAUAUUAGGUAAGUAGGGUUGUAAACAUAAUCGGCCUGCAGUACAAUUCAAUAAUAAUUCAGUUACCACGGGAUACCGGCUUUGGAACGAACGUCUAUCUGACUGCAUGCACAAACAAUACUCUGUAAAAAUGACUACUUAUUUAGCAUGAAUUAUUCUCGAGGCGCCAGGAAUGGUCUAUGUAAACAAGUACAUUUACCUUCAACACGGCAGCCGCAGAGCCAUCAACCCCAGGACUUACUUUCUUCGCGGUGUAACAGGUCAACUUGAAUUUUGGACAUUGGUCUGUGAAUGAUAUCAUCACUCAAAGUCGACCAUGGCAACCAUUCAACUCAUUAAGCGCGCUUUUGUGGGAUUUGACACUGACUGCUUUUCCAAAAUAUUUGGCAACUACGUGCGGCCAGAUCUAGAAUAAGCCAUACAGACAUGGAGACCUUGCACUGUCAAGGACUAUACAGUCCAGGAGAAGGUCCACAGACGGGCGACAAAAAUAACUAAAGGUCUGAGGGCACCGCCCUAGGAAACCAAACUGUCAACUCUCAACCUGGUACCCCAGGUCUAUAGGCAACUAUACAGUGGCCUAAUACUUACAUUCCGCAUUAUAAACGGUCAAGACUGCUGCUUAGAUCCCAGGGAUUACAUUACUUACUCUGACACGCUACCUUUGCGCGCUCAUGCCCAAAAACUACGCGCGGGUACGGCAAAGACCAAUGGACGAAAGUUUUUUUUUCAGUUACAGAGUGCUGGCAGCGUGUGAUGCUCUGGCCACUGAUGCUUUACUGUCUUCCUGCGUGGACUCAUAUAAGUGUACACUCCACACGUAUCAAGCUUCCCAAUUAUUAGGCAAACACAGCAUACACAAGUGUGUAUUACUUAUAAUUAACUGUGAUUAGCUGACGACGGCAAUUAAGCCAGAAAUGGCCAUUCCAGUCUCCCUUUUCUUUGCCGGUAAUACCAUUUUACAUUCCAUUAUGUACAAACUCGCCUAUAUUUCCCUUUAAGACUUAACUGGACUGAUAAGCAUCAUAACAUUUAAAUGACUCUUAACAGAAAGUCGGCAGGGAACGCAAGAUAACUGCUCACAGCGAAAAGACCCCUCAGUGUUGCAAACUCCUUGAAUUCAUGAGACGUCGGUUCAAACGACCUGUUAUAUGUGAAUUCGCACCCAGGUGAAAUCAGGCUCUUUCUGGUGAUUAAGCCCAGUCUACAUAGAGGCGAGAAAGGACUGCCUAGAUCGCUGCUAAAGGAGAUAUAAGUCGCAGGAUUCGGCUACUAAGCACAUAGAAUCCCUCGGCUGGUAAGUCAAAAACGCGGUCAUGUGCGCACACACAGAUUCAAUAGCCUAUCCUACACAGAGUGAAUGAAGAGCUGUUGCCAUCUAUCUGUGAAUUUGCACUACUAAUCGUGACAUGUUACGUUUUCAAUAUGAGUCAUUACCUGUCUACAGAGAUUCCUCUCCCGACAAUGGCCCCCUGGCAGCUUAUGGUAAUUGUGAACAUCACACGGAAUCCAAAGUUAUCUUUAAAUUCUAUUUAAAAAACGCUCAAGGAGAACGUCUACUGCCAGCAGUUAAGUGACCGCGGUCACCAUACACUAGAGGAUCCACGCUGCAUUUGAACCAGUCAUAAAUUAAGUAACCUGGUGAGUGCCCAGAGUAUUAUGCACCUUGUUCCAAUUAAUUCCCCUCCCGGGUGCAUCCUUAAUCUUAAUGCCUAUCCUUUGCAAACUAGAUGAUACAGAAUGCAUUUGACUAUACAUUUAUGGCGUACCCACCAAUGGGCAGAAGCCUAAAAGGAUGCCUUGAUUCAUAGCAAUCUUGGGCUGUUCUGGUCCGUAGGUUACGACAAGCCAGUAAGUGGUCAUUUGACUGUGGCAAAUGCAUGUGGGUUUACGUCGUUAUCCAGUGCGAAAGAUGCGAAAUACCUUACAUGCUUCUUACUGAAUCUAUUAAAUCUGGAUAUUAUGCAAACGAGUGUAUGCAUCAUACCCUAAGCUCUCUCCGAGAACAACAAUGCAACAACUAUUAAGCGGAUGGAUUUCAGAAUCUUUACCGAUAAUUAAUUUACCUUCAAGUAAUGCUACCUUCACGGAGUAUAAAGGCGUAGUGUGUUUUAACUGGGGCUACUCAAAAAGCGCCCUAUGGCAAAUUGUGACGCAACCGCGCCUCACGCAUGCAUGAGGUGUGCGUUCCUGAUGUUGGACGUUUGCACCCAUAUAUAAAAGCCAUAGAACCCAGCAGACCACUAAACAGCUUGUAUUUCGAACAAUGUUAGACGCUUUUUCUUUAAUUUUCGGCUAUAACAACCUAUAAUCAUAAAUUUCUAAAACUUUAAUAAUCCUGACCACUAUGUAAUAUGUACACACGUUCAUUUUAGCGUCAAUGAUCAGAGUCGGCGCUCUCCUAGCUCUUAUAACCUCCGCUUUCGGUAUGUGAAGUAUUGUAACGGACUUUCAGGUUUAAUUGUCGUAUGGUAUUAUUUAUUUAACUUUGAAGUCUUUUAGGAGCUGGCGACUUUCAAACAAUGCCAAAUUCGUACUUUGUAUUUCACCGGCCGUAUUCACAAAAGCCGCAGGUGCGUUAUACUUUUAAUCGUAUUUUAAUGAAAGGCCGUCUAGUAAAUAUAAUGACAUAUUUCUUUCAUUUUAGUCAAUUACGAUGGGUGGUCGGACUGUUUCACAGGGCUCCUUAUCCAACCCCUGUAAAGUCGGAAUGUCGUGUUGGCAACCGUUAACUGGUAUGUUUGUACUAAUGCAUACUUUUUCGUUUUCAAAAAUGCAUUGAAAAUAUCAGUCCAGUCUAGAUAAACAUUUUCUUAUCGAACCAGUUAGUAACACAAAACGCACAACUUUAUGAGAAAUAAUAAAGAAAUUAUUAUUUCUAUAUUGCAGAGAGACAGUUUGCAAUUCUUACGAUAGUACCUGGGGCAGGAACAGGAAUCAUCGUUCUACUUCCAGCCGUCACUUUGGAAUUGCCCACUGCAAUCAUUGUCAGGGACCUUAGCGAAGAUUUGCCAGGCAUGUUUUGCGUGUUUUAAUUUAACUAACUCUUACCUUAGGCACAAAGUUGUCGAAUGCUUUCCACGUGAUGGAAAAAAUUGCCCAUUCGAUUUAAUAGAUUAAUUUUAAGUGAGUAUGCCUUUUGUGUAUCUUGUCUGAGGAGCCAUUACCUGCUGCGUCUUUAUGAAAUUUAAAAAAGUAUAUUAGGAAUCCCAGACCCAAAUAUAAUAUCUCCAUGGGCUUCUAUAAACAGAUGAAGCAAACUAAGUCUGCGAUGACCAUUUACGUCCGCUGUUUAUCCGGAUUCCACGUCAGAGAAAGGCACACAUUCUUUCCUUAAAUUAAACAGACUUCGAGGUUGCCGUUUUAAUUCUGUCCCUAGAAUUUAAAAUUUAAUCUAUCGCAAUUAAGAGGGAUUUUUCGUCUUAAGUAGAGUAAUAUCGUGAAUAGUGUUUAUAUAGGACCCAGUAUCAAAUCUUUGGGAUAUGUCGCUGAAAAGAGACAAUUUGACGUUGAGGUUUGAAGACCAACGCAAUUCCAAAUUUUAUAACUUUUUCUGAAAUAAACACUUACCUAAACACGAUUAUUCAUUAAGUGCCUCCCACGCCGGUCGCCGUUGGAAAGGUCGUAAGCCUUGACCUUGACGACACAGCGGAACGCGGGGUACUUCUUCUAUACAACGGGGACGUGCAGGUUUGUCAAGUCCCCUUUUACGAAUUAGAAAAGAAAUGCAGAUUUUUUAGGGGUCGCUUAGCGCUUGACUCUGUUCUGCUUAACUCACGUAUUUUUAGGAUACCAUUGUUGGAGGAAAUAUACAAAAUGCUGAUGCGACUGGACAACCGGGCCGUCACCAUUUGUUGCAUAUUUCGUACCGUAAGUGCUGCUUUUAACCGUGUUCCAUUGUAAGCCACAAAGGGCAUUAUUAUUAAUACGAUUGCAUUAAAUUUCAAACGUGUGGAUCAGUUUCGACUUUCAGUUAUUUAACGCCUAGAGCAACGCUCGAAAGCAGUAGGACGUAGAACGCCAACCAACUUGGAGUAGCAUGUGGAUAAUGUCAUACGGGAAUGGCGAUAGAGGAUGGUUUUAUAGUUGGGGCUAAAGAAGGACGGAUAGCGAGCAGAAACACAGAAAAUAAUUGAAUUUCUUAUGAAUUUCUUUUCUUACCUACCAUAUGGCAUACAAAGUGAGCAAGAUAAUUUGAAAAACAAAAGUAAAUUAAACUAUAUAUAACUGACAAGUCAAUAUUUAGUCAUGAAUUCAAGAACAAAACGACAUGGAAAAUGACAUUAUGUAUCUGUCGUUUACAACACGGUCCAUCGCCCUACCAUCGCCCAACGAUUACCCUAUUUCAAGUGAUUUCAGCACACAAAUCACCCAUAUUGACUGAAUGCUGCUUGCAGAACUCUUAUCAAAAGCGGCGAGUGAAAUAUAAAAUUAUAAAGUGGACUAUGACAACUAGAUUUCAAAAAAGUAUUGGAUUGGCUUAAAUACAAAGCAGUCACAAAUUGCGAACUCACGAUUUUAUUGAAAAAAUAGCCAUAUCAAUGACUUUUAUCCAGGUUUCUGACUGAGAUCAAUUGUUGACGGGUUCACUUGCAAGUUCGGAUGGCCAACUACGAUUUAUAGCCUUACGCUUACAACAAAAACCCUUAUUCAGCGGUUAAAAUAUGCGUUAUUUUUUCACACACCCACAGUUGAGGCAGAUACGAAGGGACAGGUGGUUGUUCUACUUACAGGACACAUGGACAAUACGACCUUGGAGUACACAAUAAAGUUUGGCGCAAGUACCUCUGACCUGGUAAAGGUUGUACCAGUUGAAGGAGAGACUCCCCUACGAGUGUUUCGCGUUCCACUUAAUUAUGUGCCGCUUCUCUACAUCUGUAAAUUCCUAAUAUUCACUUGCCCAUCUAUCUCUUUUUUGGUCUCUGUUUGAAAGAUAACUUUGAAGAAAAUAAGUAAAGUCCUUUUGUCGACGUUUAGUCUGUCGUUGCCAUUAAGAGAAAAGCAAAACGACCAAGCAGGGUCUGCGGUUAUUUCUAAUCGGUGUGCUCUUCUAACCCUACCGGUAUUGAAAUGUGCAAACAAGGCUUUUGUCGUGGAUAGCUCAAUAAUAUCGUGUAGGUAUACGUUGUUAGAGUUGAUUUUAGAUGCAAGAAGAUAAGGAAGGGCUUUGAGGACAUAUAACAUAUAUGCCCUACUAAAGAGGAAAAAAGUACUCGUGAUGAUUUUUUCAUUAUUACUCAAAAUUUGUUGUAUGGGAGUUUACAAAUUUGGACGAAAACAUUUCACGCUUUUCGUGUCCAUGUAGUUUCCGAAUGGUUUGCGUACUCAAAAAAGUUACAAUAAUCGUGGCCAAACAGUCGAAUUAAAUGCAAAUUCCUAAAUAACACAGUACGAUGCAAUUGCAUGGUGGUUAAGACUGACAUUAAUUAAUGCAUGCAUAUUCUUCACAAUAUAUUAAUAAGUUUUAAAUACGAAGAGGGGUAGUAAGCAGUGUUUUAUGGAGUUCGAUGUACGUACCACAGUCUUCAUGCCUUCAACAACUUGGUCGUCGUGUCAAGACAAGGUAACGACAGUCGGGAGUCUAGGUAUAUUAUCAGCUAGUUGCAUAUUAGAUAACAAUUUUAGCAAGCCGUGAAAGUUGAAAAGCGCGUUUGGCCGUUUAUAGCCAGAACUACGCGAACAGAGUUCCCAGACGUCUCCUCACUCUGAUUCCUCUCCCAGACAUCAAAACAACAUCCCAUCCCGUCAGUCGCUCGAUGAGAGGAUUGGAUGAAGUGACUGGCAUAGGCAGCAAGCUCGUCGGCGUGUGUCCACAUUAUUUGACUCCUCAGCACAACUCGUCUGGUUUUAACACAAAGGGCACCCUACUGGGAUCUUACACGUAUUAGUACUCUUGGGGAUACUUCGAGUGAUGCAUUGAACCUCACACACACAGUCCAUCAAUAAGCCCCUCAACACGCAAACAUGCACACAGGUCAGACUGCGUGGUCUGAGUUGGACCGUCAUUUAACGACCUGCCAAUCCACGGCGUUUGGCCUGGCGUCAACGCGUUACAUCUAUUAGAGUGAAAAGCUCACUAUAAUGUCAUUUAGAUGGUAUCCACAUAGUUGGCCUCUUUGCCUCCUGCAUCUCCCAAGCUUCAGUCUACUGCACGUGCCGACCAGUCGGCCGAGGGUGUGAUUGGGCGAAAUGAGAGAUCUGUGGCUGCUCAUCGGCGCGUGGAAUGCACGGUCCGAUCCACAUACACACAACGUGACCAGAUUCCACAAAGAGUGGUGGACUGCAAAGACAGGGGUUACAUGAGGCAGCCGAAGAAUGGGCCUAAUGCAAGCAGUUAGGGCGCGUUUUGGCUACUAAUAAGUGUGGUUUCCUUUAAUUGCUGUUUGUGUCCGUACACGCGGUCGUGGGAGAUAUGUAAGCGCAGACUUCCUUGAGGAACUAUCUUCGGUAGGAUUGGCUAACGUGGACUCCUAAACAGGACACGAGAAGAGGAGCUGCCUUCAACGCGGGUGACUUUGAGUCAACUUCCAAUGCAAUAAGUGUUCAGUUUAAUUUUAGUGUUAAGGUUAGUCUAAGGAUUAGGUUUUAAGCUGGAUUUUAGAUUGACCGCAAUGUUAGUCAGAAUCGCCUUCAGGGUUACUGUAGAGGUUAACGUUAACCACAGAAUUAGGCGUGAAGAUAAGUGUGAGGUUCUAUUUUAGUAUUUGGGUUUUAGCUGGGGUUGAGGCAUGGGUAUAUAUAACCACGUCUAGAAUUGUGCGCAAGUUUACUUUAUAAAAUGAGCUGGGCGUUCCUAUUUCCAUGUCUUAUUAAGACGUCUACACAAGUAAGUAUCGGUUCCUUUUCAUAAGUUAUUCUGCAUGUACCAUUUUACUAAUAAGGUUUGCUGUAAAAACAGGCUUUAUAUGCUUUAAAACUGUCUUUGCUCAUUAUCAACCAUAUUUGACGUUUUUGAAAAUUUCUACAUUUUAAUAAAGGUUUAGUGCCUUUUAGAAACGCACCAGUAAUUUUAACAUCUCUUUUAAGUUUUUAAUAAGUCUAAAUUUGCUCAUUGCUUCGUCAAAGCUUUGGUCGACGCAUUUUUGUAAGUUGGUUUGUAAGUAGCAAUAUUUUGCAAAUCCCGGCAUCAUUAAUGAGUUAAGUCAUUUACUGUAUAUGUUUUUCAGAUUAAGGGAUAUCACUUUUAACAAAUCACUAGCUGAACCGCUGUUGCGCGUAUUCGUCUGCUUAGAGUAAAUGAUCACAAUAUGCAAAUGACAGUUAUUCUGGGCAUGGUCUUUUAAGUCGUGCAUUAAAAAAGUUGCUUUUAGAUCAAAACAAGAAUUUUUACCUAAGAUUAUUAUUUCUAAACAGUUUCUUAGCGCAUUGGGAGGUCUACUUUGCGCUAUCCUUCUGGAAACUAUUGUAACGCUUAAAAACUUUAUUUUGAUGCAUUUUGCGCAGUAGAGAUAAUAUGCUAAGUAAAGGCAUUCUCGCAAUGAAAUACACGUUUAUACCUCUGACCAAACGGUUCCCUCAAAAUAGGAAUCUGGUGAUUUUAAUAAAGGACGUAUUCUGUCUAUAACAGCGACCAAAAUAUUGUUCAUGAAGGCCACAAUCCGUCAGGGUAGAUAAUCACCAUUCGUACAAUAUAGGUGCCAGUUAAACGCCCAGACAUGCGUGUUUUGCCAAUCGUCCUUCGCUGCCUGAGACAACUAAGGGAUUUUGGUUCUUCCUUGGUCCCCCCAGACAUCCGUGUCUGUUUUCGGGCAUACCUGCUCCAGUUUCAUGUGGCACUUGUAUUCUCAAUAUGAUCAAUAAAAACAUUAAAUAUGCGUACGUGUUUAGCAUAGCUGCAUUGAUUUUUAACAACCUACAACACUGCCCGUGAGUUGUCGUUUGCAUAUAUUCGAGUAGAUGUUUGUGAUGACCAAGCAUUUCUUGGUGUUAUUUGUUUGACGUGGACUGAAAGUCAUUUUGAGAAACCAACUGCUUAGUAUCAAAAACAGUUUGCUUUUUAAGAAACCAUGAAUCCAUUAUUCUUAAAAAUGCAUGGAUUACCCAUUUCUAACAUCGGAUUUUUAAGAAAUUUAAAAUUCAUUUCGAAUUUACCGCUUCUACCAAGAAAAAACUGGAGAAUGUUGGGAAAUCCACUGAUUAGCUGAAGUCCUCGCAACUGUGCAAUGUAGCACUCGAAUAUCGGAAAAACACGUGUCUUGUCUUUUAGCUUGUACCUGUCCUGCCAGUAUGAUCUCUUGUAAGCCUUAAAUAAACAAAUAUUACUGAUCAGUGACCUCGUCGUCAAUGUUAUCCGUUAUUGUUUCCACUGUGAAAUUAAAUGUUGGCAAUUGGUCUCGAAUUCGUCAUCGGCCCUAAAACCUCUCAAAAGGAGCAUUUGGGCAAAUACAUUCUGUUAAUCUGGGGUCCAGUAAUGCAGGUAUAUUUCUAUGAGAAGGUAGGAUUGGCGUGUUUUUUUUAUUAACCGUUAGAAUUUCAUUCUCAAAAGUCGCCAUUAAAAACGAAGUUUGACGAAUUCAUCUCUAUACAAAAAGCCAACUGUCGACAUUCGUGUAUCUCAGAGCACAGAACAUCGUUAGUCUGUUGCCAUUUUAAAGAUCACACCGCUGCACAAUACAGACAUUUAAUUGUUUCCGUUUUAGUUGAAAGUUGCAUACUUAAUUCGGGCACUGUGACCUAAUAGGUUUCCGUUUUGUAGGGCUACAAUUCUUUUACACAUUUCAACAUACACACUUAUGUUUUGCAAGCAUACCUGGUUUUGUUAUUUAGCCGUUGGAACUCACUUAGCGGGUGGGAAAUGUUGCAGCAAAAACCGGAAUACUUAACAUACACCAAAAAGUGUAUCGCUUAAGCAAGUAUAUGCCACCUGGAGGUACCUGUCCACUAAGAAGAAUGAAGAAGCGUACAUUUAUAUUAAAUUUUUACAAGUAGCAUGAAAACGCAUUGAGUAAACGAUCUCAUGAAAUGUUAACCGAAAUUCCGAAAUGGAUUUUCGAUUAGGAAAGUUUGCUUUAAGAGACACGUAAACAAGGGCAUUUACCCUUUCUUUCGUCUGAUAGAGUGUCACAUCGAAUUAAUUUUUUAUACUUGAAGAAAGAUCAUAUAUAGGCUUAAGCAGUUUUUCACUUCCCGAAUAAUUAGGAGCCUGAUGAGCCGUUCAUUAGCAACAAGCGAUUUAAUGCUACACGGCCCAUGCGUUCUGCGUAGGGAAAAUCAAUAGUUCACCUAUGUCUUUAAAAGAGGCUAUAUUGGGUUCGUACAAUUAUGCAGUCGAUACGGACUAAGUUGUGUAAUUCAUGAGGAGCAGUGGUAAACUGGCAGGUAUGAAUGGACAAUGCACGAGCCAAAAUAUUCGUAAUCGAAAACUUUUAACACGUAAUUUUAAUAUUACAUAUGGACUUGGCCUGAUUUUCUAUAAAACCAGUAAAAUAAUAAAUACCCUUAUUAUUUUUUUCGUAAAACAGAUUUUAAUUUGCAUGACCAUCAAAAGUCAAUUCUAAAAAUGCAUGCUUCAUAGGUAGUCAUUUUCGUAUGGCGCGAGUUUUCUACAGAAGAAUGCAAAGAAACACAUUAAAAAGGCGACAUCCUGCCAAAUCCGAAAUACUAUAGGAUAGUGUCGCAGGGUAAGCAAUGUUGCAACCCUAGUUAAGUUAUUCUCCCUAAUCGAAAACGCAUUUCGGAAGUUCGGUCCACAUUUCACUCACUGCACGCUGUUGAGGUUAUAAAUAUUUGUAUACAACUUAUUAUUGCAAAGCAAGACAUGCAUCGAUUUUCGCCGAAAAUGAAUCAAUAAUGAAGACGAAAAUAACAUUAGCAGGCAGAGCGCAUAAGAUUGCAAUUACUACGUUGCCAAAGCCUGAUUCUCGCCGACUAGCCCUGAUUUUGCUGAUAGAAGCGAGCAGGCGCGUUCCAGGCAGCAGUUCAGAAGACGAAGUUACGAUCACCGGAAAGCGAAAAUUUAUUGGCCUGGCGUUUCGGAUACUCACUGGAACAUAUCAUCCGAUACAGUUGCGAGAUAGAUCGCAGAAGGCGUUAUACAAUAAGGAUUCAUAAUACGUGCGAUUGCGGGAUUCUUAAAGAAAAGGAUCCGCCUUCAUGAUGGGUUUGCUAUUCAGAUAAAACAAUUAGUCGCAUACAACAUUCCGCCUGAAAGUUGCCAUACAGUGCAAUGAAGUUUAACCGGAGCUUAAACGGAUGAUCCAAGAUUUACUGUAUUGCGUGUAAAAAUUAAGCAAUUACCUUACCAUCAUGGCGUGUAAGCAAUGCAGUGGAGUUGCCAAAGGACAAAAUCAACCGUCAUUUAAAAUAUCCUAAAAUAUUACUAGAUCAAAAUUUAGUUUUCGCGAUUCACUUAGGUAUUCUGAGAUCAACCCUUUUGUUGUCAGACUAAAUGCGUUGCAUCGUGGAGCAAGUGUCCCGCGGAAUGUUUUAGACAAGCAUAGUUUCCUACAAAGAGACGCGAUCGCUGGAACAAGAGCUGUAUUGGACUGACGUUUCGUAUUCUCACUCGAAUACAUCAUCAGAGACAGAGUCAGAUGGCACGAAACACCAUCUAACACAUCUGAUGCCAAACCUGACAACGUGUUCGCAGCUUUAGAAUAAACCUGCAGUCAGACGGAAAGGACGGACGAGGCCAAGAAUCUUAUCCGGCACCAAGUUACGUCUCUCCUUAAUGAUUACAGGCCGCAUGAUGUGGUGUCCGAGGUCGGAUGUGCUGUAAUUAAUAGACCCAAGCCGAUAAAGACCACGUUAUCGUGCCCACGGACAAGGGGCGUUCCACGGUUGUUUUGGACAGGGCAGACUACAUUCUGAAGGUCAAACCUUGUUGAUAUUAUAAAACUCGGGUGCAAUAUCGCCGGCUGACCGACUCAUGGCAAGAGUCCGGGACAUGGCCUUCGCCCGCUUUUAUGACCUUCCCAAGGUGUACACAGAGGGUUUCCCCCACCGUCUCAUCGUCUCCCUCAAAGGUACUGCAACUAACGGACUGGAAAAGUGGCUGUAUUGGCGUCUUAAAUUUCUGAAUGCUAAUUCAGACACUACAGUGAGUACGUCAAUACAAUUCUUGUAGAAACUUAACGAGGUAAGUCUGCUGCCAAACUACGCCAUUUAUGUCACGUUUUUUUACUUCUAUUCUGCAGCACCUGACAUUAAAUACUACCGAAAUACUCCCACGAGACCAAUAGGAUAAAAAGAGUAGCAUCUUCUGCACGCCUAAAUACUCCGAUUUCUGCAAUUUUGUAUCAAGACACACUUUACGUUCGACGGAGCAAUCUACGAGCAGGUGAAGGGCACGCCAAUGGGUUCGCCGAUUUUGGGACUCAUAGGCGGGACGGUUCUACAGCGGUAGCAGUCGCUGGUGACAACCGCGUGAAUUGCGAACUGCUUGAGUCAUUGUUUUCCGGUCCUCAGUCCAUCAAAAAUCGCAAUGACCUCCCCGCUCCAUAUUCGCAGCUGAUACUUUGUCAAGGCAAAACAGUUAGCCGCGAGGAGAGCCUGCGGAUAUCCACUUUUCCUGGUGUCAAUAUCGGUGAGCCAAAUUGUCCGCACGGAUGACGAAAUACGGGCGUCAGGAAAUUGACUGCAUUCGAUGUGCGUGGGAAUCGAAAAUCUUGACCAACACACAGGCGCAUCGCAACAGCACGGCAACGGCAUGCGUCAGACAUCUGGCCAGUCAAGCUGUGAUGCACUGUGUAGUUGCUUACUGCGAAAGCCAUGCUGCGACCUAGCCACUGCAUCCUAUAAAUACGGCAACACCAGAGCAAUUUACCUCACCUUUCCCACUCUGUUUCUCAUGAUGGAUUCAAGUGAGAAUCGGAUAGAUCAGGCUAAUAAAGUUCUUGUUCCAGCGAUGGUAUCUCCUUCUUUUGGAGUACUUCCUGGAACUCGCCCCUUCGCUACUAUUAUUAAACAUCUUUUAACUAAAUUGCAAACCGCAUCAUCAGGGCACACAAGCUCCUUAGAUGACCCUGCAACGGCCAAUGUUAUAUUUGUAGAUUAGUGAGUAUAACGCCUUCUCCCUGAGAUUUUUUCCUGAACAAAAGGACGGGGCGAGCCGUAAAUGUACAUAUGUAUGCUGUAGCAUGGCUACUGCAUCCUAUAAAUACCGCAGCCCCUUUUGCAACUACCACCCGUUUCUGCUUCUUUGUCUCUGAUGAUGGAUUCGAGUAGGAAUCCGAAACGUCAGGCUAAUAAACUCUUGUCCCGGCGAUAGUUUCUCCUUCUUCAAGACUACUUCCUGGGACUCGUCUCUUCGCUUCUAUUCGCAAAAGGAAUUAUAUCUAAUUAAGUCUGUUUUUAAUUAAAAACUCCAGGUCGGCCGAUAAAAAUCGUCUUUUAAUUAACGCUUUUCCCAAUCGCGCUCUUUUACGUGUAAGGUUCAAAUGACAGUAGACUUUAAGUGGCACCUAUUCCAGGCUACGUAAACACCUAAAGUAUGGUAAAAACUGUCUGAUUAAGUUCUUAAUGAUAAUAAUUAAAGUUGAAAGAAGGCCGCCAUAACACGUACCUGGAGGUAAUCAUAGAUAAUUUAUUAAACAGGGCAUUCGGUAAUGCCGGACAGACUCCGCGAGCGUUUAGCUGAACUGUAUUGUGGAAAGCUCUCCGCCUAAACACCCAAAACGGAGCGGAUUGUUAUGCGACUCAUGUUUCUGAAGACAUAACAAUUUUUUAAGCAAAAUAUAAAUUAAAAAUGCAAUGUAAUCAAGAAUAAUUAGCGUGAACUGUCGCGCAUUACAUGAAUACAAAUAAAUACUUAUUGGUUACAAUAUCCUCGAUCAAGUCAGCAAUACUUCAGGUGACCCAUUUAGUCUGUCAUUUCAUGAGUAUCUGCGGGAUCUCUCAAUUGUCAAAAUUAAACAGUCACCGUCCACAUUUUCUCUUUUCCACUUCUCAAAAAAUCAGAAGAUAUCUUUAUGUGAAAUAGGUAUAUUGUGCAAUUUGUAAUUUCCAUAGUUUUUCGUGUCCUCCCGUCAACGACUAGCACAAGUAGAUGUUCAGGACCUAUUCUAUAUUAAUUUAGCAAAGUGGUCCUUACUGUGAAGCAGACAUGCACUUUUAAACAUUUUCAAUUUUUUUAUUCUAGGCUUGAAUCCGUGGGCAUUUCAGACAGCACACCAAAUUACGUGAAAAAUACUUCAUUUUAUCAAGCUAUGAGUCAGCAUCUAAGGGCCUUUCAUCAAAUUUGACAGUAAUUGAAAUAAUUGCAUUAAUGUGAAUGAAUGUCAGCACAGGUGGAUAGAACCUAUUUCAGCUAAUGCCAAACACAUGUCAGUAUAUAUUUUAGCAUAGGCACAGCAGCAUUGCGUAACCCUGUUCAUCCCCCAUUGUAGCCAGCACCUGUUUUAAUUAAAAACGUUCAGGAAUGAAUUUAGAGUCGAAAGGAUGCUCAAGAUUAUUCUGUUGGAUUAUAUUCCUCCUGCUCUCCCUCAUUUUCAUUUGUCAAAUAAUGAUUAAAAUCACGUUGGCGGGAAUACUUAGUCCAUUUGUCGUACGAAAACUGUCUAUGAUGACACCAUCUGAGCCGCUAAAGUACAGCGACAUUUACUCUAAUCGGUACUGCAUCCGUCAGAAUUCAAGCAAGAUGAACUACGGUUAUGCUUCGGUUAUCCAACAGAUGCGGUGGAUCACGGGCAAUAACCAGACGGCAAGUUUACUAACCGCUACAUGUUUUUUUAUUUUGUCUGAGCAAUGACAGUUGACAAUCUGAAUUGCAAUUUCGCAAACAAUAAAUGACAUCGCAUUUCGUCUAGAAAUCCAAAUAUCUUUCCCAAUUGAAUGUAUAACACCCUGUCCGCCGCUGUUGACAUGGGCUAUCAAGGCCACAUCUAUUAAGAGUCAUCAAAUCCACUGUGGUCCGUAACAUGCGUCAUAGUGUCAUUUGGUGAUCUAUUCAAACUGCUAGCCAGACCUCCGACGCAAAGUGUAGAUGUCCGACAUUUGCGCUGUAACCAGGUCAGAACGCCAAAGACAACUAUUCCUGUUGUGCUGAACGAUCUCGAGCUCCGUAAAAGAGACAAUGUUUCAUGACUCAAAUGAGAAAAUGCAUCAUAACCUAGGGACUUUAUUGCAUCGGUUGUAUCACCGCCUGAUGUGAUGGCAAAUAAGUGAUGAGUUCCUUUACCUUUACUGUGAUAGUCUUGUUUACCAACGAUGAUAUUAUAAAAAUAAUAAGGGCCCGUCUAGUCUCCUCACCAUUCUCAGGAGGCAUAAAAUCCUCAAGUUUGAAGCCCUGCUUUGCACGACAGUCAGCAUAAAAAGACCAAAAGUUUAUACUCCUUGUGAACGCUGGUUUAGACUCUGUCCUGGAAUUAUCUUAUACCUUCCUGCGUAUGUGAAUUAGGCAAAUUAAAUCCAUGCUAAGGUUCACUAGAAACUUGCACUACGACAAUGGACGGACAGGUAACAGGCGAUGGUCUAUAUGAUUUUGAUAGUUAUGAAUUUCCUUGGCACUUGCCGUCGGUGUUCAGUUACGCAUUACUUAAGUCCUUUCAUUUAAAUACAGCCCACAGAAAAGGAUGGCCCACUCAUAUUCUACGACAACAGAUUUCUCUGGCACAGUUUGUCCUCCGAGGGUUGCAAAAAUUACUGCAAAUUCUCCACAGAUUUUGUGGAUUAUCGGAAAGCCCGCCUGGCAGUUUUCACGCAAGAUCCUCCAGCGAUUGCCUUGCCGAAACCCAAAAAUCAAACAUGGGCAUUGGAAUCUGGAGAAUCGCCAUUUCACAUGCCGUGGAUCUCGGCGCAUUUGAGGCAACACGUAAGGUUUAUAAAAUAAAAAUAAUGCUACAGCGACUGGGUAGUAAUCACUAACUGCACACCCGCUCUAUUAGUCCAAAAUUUGCGACCACGGGAUUGCUGGUUGCGCAUACUAAGCUUACUAUACACCUGUGCGUUUGUUUUCCUUUUAUCGAAAAAUUAACCAAAUCGUAUGAUUACAUGGGUUUGAUAUCUGGCGCAGCGAAGCAGAUUACCCCGUAGUUUGGCUAUAGUCCUGAAAUCUACCACAGGAAUAUGUGUCUGACAGCCAAACUUUCCCAUACUGGCGGUUUUAGUCGUGGAUUCACGUUUUGAGUGUUCGUGCUUAUAUGGCGGUAUGACAACGAGCGCUUGAAAAAGACUGUUUGAUGACGCCAAUCCAGUGCGACUGAAAUGUGAAAAACAUGUAUGAAAUUUUGACCGGAGAUGACGAUGUGUGUUUGAUUGGCCUAGGUAAAAUAGGCAGAGUUUUAACGCUGAUGGUCAUGUAACACAAUCCCGUGAUAUUUCAGUCAAGAUUGUGGACCAGCGUUUUGACGCACGGCUGUCUGCCCGCCGGAAAAAAUGCACUCCUUAAAACGACCACAUACAUUGUAUGAAUUUUCGUAUUGUCUCAUGAUACUUUUGCGUAUUUAAAUAUAUUUCGUAGAAAACGUCAACUUAAUGCUUUUUCUUGCACUCAUUUAUUAAAAAAUGGCGUCUUCUUUAAAUGUCCUACUGGAGAUAGGGGUCAUUUUCGGUUUAGGCAAUUUCUAAUUAUGUGUUUUCUUAAGAUCUUUAAACGUCAAUUCAUGAGGCUGAGCAUAUGUCUAUUCAUCAAUGAUGCUUACAAAGAAUGCCAUUUGUUCCAAUUGAUUUUAAAACGUCUUUUUACAAGGAAAAUAUAAAGCUGACUCUAAAGAACUCCAAAACGCAAGUGCAACUGCAGAAUGCAUAAGAAAUUACUCGGGAAUAUAGAGUUUUAACACUGAAAGCUACAAUACCCUCAAAUAUGAAAUUUGGAAAAAUACAUCGUUCUGCUAAUUCUUUGUAAAGUAUAUGUUUGAAUAAAUAGGCAAAUCGAAGACCAAUAGAAAGAGUCCAUACUACACAAGUGGUCAUUUUUAUGGUGUGGGUUUUUCAGGCGCUUAAAAGGAAUACAUUCCAACGCCGUCAUUUCGAUGUGUCCAAAAUAUUCUGGAAUUAUGCUGCAAGAUAAUGAUUGCUAAACGUUAAAUAAGCCGUUGUGUUAAGCAGACAGCAGGCCAUAACAUUUCUGGUCCUCGGCGUUUGGGGAUGAGUGAGCUGAAAAGCGAAAGUACCGUCAGUGUCAGGGGGAAGAAGGGCAUGGUUGGCACUGGGACGGGUAAUUAUACGCAGGUGGCUGUCAGGGUGGCUAUGUCCUAUGGUAACUGUGGGGCCUGUAUGAACUCCUUUUUUGCGCAUAAAAAUGGUAGGUAUAGCUUAAUUGCAGCCGCCUCUGCCGUUACCAACGGACACUGUCCACGUGAUUUUGGAUAUCUCCACGGCACCUUGUAAAUCACUCGGAAUGACUGUCCGGCAUGUACCCAGUGAUCUCUGUCUGCCAUGUGAGCGAGGAUAAACAUGUUGACGUUCUUUAUGCGGCCGUUUCCUCACCCUGCUGGAAGAUGUGCUCAUAUUCUUUUGGACAAACCCUGGCUCGUGCGACUAAUAUAUUCUGCCCCACAGGGGCAGGUGAAGGCGUAGAUGCACAUGGAAUGGUCUGGGCUGGCAUUUUGUCCUUGUAUUUUCCUUGUGUAGGGUCGGACCAGCAGAGAAGUGUACACGGACGUCAGCUACUGGGAAUGUGCAUUCAAUGAUGUGCCGGCGUCAACAAUCUUCAAAACUAAUGGACGCUUUUUUAUUCAUUUUUAGUUCAAAAUAUUUCUGACUACUAAAUCUGAUUCCCACGUUCCCUGGGUUUAUGCGGUGUUUGUGGCAAACGACGAACCGGAUAAGACGAUUUCACCGCAACGGCAAAUUCGCAUGCUGACCGAGAAGAAUCUACGCUGGUUGCCAGCGCACCAUACUGGACGCAGAAAAAAGGUCGUUGCCUUAAUUUCGAACAAAAACCCCAGAAACAGAAGAAUGGAAUAUAUUGAAGGACUUGCCAAAUACAUCGACGUGAGUGGAAGUCGCUGUUUUGUUGAGCAAGUGGACAAGUACAGCAGUCUUUUCAAUGCGUUAAUUUUGAAAGAUGGGUCUAUCAUACUAUUUGGCUUUAAAGAACGCCGAAUUCAAUAAUCUAAUAGUUUAAACCGAAUAGGGAAACCUAAAAGUGAACAUAAUAAAGGCAUAAAAUAAAUGCGGGUUUGCCAGCCAUUUGGAAAAAAAGCAAUCGCGUUUGGGAAGUAACAAAAAAUUUCGACUUCCGGAAAUGAAAUUUCGCAAAAUUUCAUGCAUUGAUGUGGACGAAAAGCACUGGGCACUCGAACAUCAGAAGCAUACAUGCACGUCUGUGUACCUUGAAAGUAAAAGUACAUGCAAUGACAUUCAGUGUCUCAAGCAGUCUAACCUUUGAACUUUCCAACAUGAUCGUUUGCAGGGGAUAAGCUUAACACGUAUUACGAUAACGAACGGAUAGUUCGCUGCUUCGAAUCUAGGGGCUGUGGCUUGUUAUAGGAUUCUCGGCUAACAGCCACCACUGUCGAUUUGCGUAGAAAUGAAAUUAUUUUAUCUGUAAAAAGAUAAUAGAAAAGGAGGGCCCACUCAUCUUCUACGACAACAGAUUUCUCUGGCACAGUUCGUCCUCCAAAGGUUGCACAAAUUACUGCGAUUUCUCCGCAGAUUUUUUGAAAUAUCGCGAUGCCGCCCUGGCGGUUUUCACACAGAAUCCCUUAGUGAUUGUGCUGCCAAAGCCCAACAAAUAAACGUGAACAUUGGAAUCUGGGGAAUCGCAUUUAACAUGCCGUGGAUCGUGGCGCAUUUGAGGCAACAGGUAAGGUUUGGAAAAUAAAAAAAUAAUUGCUACAGCGACUUUUUAGUAAUCACCGAAAAGUACACUUCCCUGAAAUAUGAAAGUUCGAAAAUAAUGUAUUUUUAAAGAAACGACUAUAAAAUGAAAACAUUUUGCGAAUUGUGAAGUAUAAGCUUUCGUUAUUUAAACAGCAGGUUCUAAAAAACAUUGUCUGGUGGAGUGAAGUUAGUAAGAAGGAUGUUGAACUCUGUAACUUAAUACGUUAGUCAAUCCAAGGAAAUAUAAAAUUCCGCAUAGUAAUUGCAAAAGACAAAUUUUCGUUCGUCGGAAAUUUGGAUAAAAUGUAGCAUUUUGGAAUUUAUAAAGAAUUCCGAAUACAGAAAAUGAAAUUCAACCGCAAAUUUUUACGCAUUGGGUUGGAAGAAAAUCACUAAGCAAUCCAACCUCAGAAGCCUAAACAGUACUUCUCAGAGUCUGGUAGAGCAUGCGAUUUAUUGGAAAUGAUUUCUAGGUAGACAUUUGCAAAACAUGGAUCUCCUUGUCGUGAGGGACUUCUAUUUUUAUCUCUCUUCAGCACAAUGGACUUACUAGGUAGACAGUGUAGGCAUUUUAUGAAAAACAACAGAAAACUUUGUCUCCGUAAACUCUUGUUUUAUUUAGGUGGAUGUCUACGGACCUGGACGGCGUUACUGCCCGCCGGAUGGUGACAUCUGUCUUCGACAACUUUCGCUACAGUAUAAAUUUUAUCUCGCAUUCGAAAACUCCGAUUGCAAGGAUUACAUCACCGAGAAGCUGUUUAUCAACGCUCUAAUGUAAGCUAACGUGGUUCUGUAGACGAACGUUCAAUAACUCUACAUUAUAUUCGUUCACACAUUCUGGUGAAAAAGUAGAAUCCGCAUCAUGCAAUUUAUAUCUUGACAAAAGCACGCUUUCCAGCAACCACGAAUUUUGCUAGCACAAACUAGAUGAAUCGUUAACAUUACAGUCAACCCGACUGAUGUACGCUUUCGAUUAUUCAUUAUCAGACCUGCAGUUUACACUAAGGGAAGGUUGAAUAGUAAUAUGUUAACAGCCAAUAAAAUAAGUUCGUAGGAGGAAGCUGAGGGCGUUCAGAGGUCCGGGUCCAGAUUCUAAUUCUGUCAGUGGCUUAGGUAGGGAAGUGAAAAAGGGGCUGACAAUUAGCUAUGUCUCUGUCUCACCCCUCCGACGUGACGUAUCGAAAAGUGUGAACGCAAACGCUGGGUUCGUCUCUGUCAAGGGCAGCCCAUUGCGCAUGUACAAGGGUUUUAAACGAGCACACAUUUGGGUUGACAAAUCGUAUGGUCACUGCCUCUGGCGUCGCGCGUAACCGCUGACAUAGGAACUUACAGCGUCUCGCCGACACUUUAUGGAUAACUCGGAAUGUUUGGGUGGCGUCUAACCUGGCGGCCGCUGUCAACCAACUGGUUCAUAAUUGCGCUGGAGAUGAACUUUUCCUCAUCUCGUUUAAACCAGACAGGAUGGUGUUCUCGCAUCCGCUUGGAUAGUAGCUUGAUAUUUCGAUCAAUAUAACCUGCUGUUCAGGUUCGAGUGGGGGUGUAUGUGCACAUUGAUGAGGUCUGAAGGGGCAGUCUGUCCUAGCCUUCAAGGCAAAGAGAGGGGGCGCUUAAGAAAACCAGUCUCAUCCCACCGGCUGGUUACGUGCGUGUGAGAGCAGCGUUUAAGGGACAAUUUAAAAGUAUACUCGUCAAAUCCCACUAACAUUCCGCUGUUUCGCUGUAUGUCCAAUUUGUAAAUCAGAUUCGAUGGCCAUUUCUACAGCCAAACGGACAGCGCAGCAAUGGAAUCACCACCUGUAUUCCUUCUAGAGAAGGAGCAGCUCUGACCAGUCAGAAAAGAUCUUUAUUCCUUUGGCGACUUUUAGUGUGAAGGAGCACAUCGAAUAAAACAUCAGAUUGGCAUAUUCUAAGCCUAUGUCUCAGAGUCUUGCUUGCCAAAAGACUGAAGCCUACGUAUAUCGCCAUGAAGGAUUGCCUUGUGUGAAGCUAGUAGAAGAAGGCUGCCGAAGCAUGCUGCGUCAUCGCACAACAUUGAGGAUUAAAGCUGGCAUCCCAUUACCUGUCUCAGCGACGGUUAAAUUAAUAGUACCGGUAGUAGUAUUUAUGCCAGCUGUCACACAGUUAAAUACACCCUAGUACUUUUCAUUUGGUCUAACUAUUUCCCCACUAGUUUACAGUCCAAGCAGUUUCAAUUGCGUGUAGUAUGCAAACUGUUAGCAGCCAGUCACCAAGUUUCUGGAACCAUCGCAACGAAAGGCCCAUUUAGUUGAUAACGUCUGCUUAAUCUUGCCACCGUUUCCAUACCCUUGAUAUUGAGGUUAGGCGAUAUUUUACUGAACACAUGGCACGUGGAGGUUUAGUGCGCGUGCAAUAUCGUUAUAAGUCAUUGUUUUAAUGGAUGUUAUAAUAUCAGAAGGCACCUAGGCAAAUUCAUCCCAAUAGUUUUCAUUAAAUAUUUGCAUUAUUGCGCUACCUAUUUAAUCAAGCAGUCUUAACUGCGCUUUGAACCUAAACUGUCGCCGCAAAAUUUCUUUGUUUCUGCAAUUUGACACUGAAUGACUCACUCACGCCUUACUGUCAGACAGACCUUAACCCUGGCAAAUGUUAUUUUUGUCUUCUCAAAGGUACAGCAUGCUGCCAGUGGUGAUGGGUGCGCCGAGAUCGAGUUACUGUGCCAUGGCACCGCCAAAUUCCUUCAUUCACGUAGAUGACUUUUCAUCUCCUGCCGACUUGGCUGACUAUCUUAUUUGGCUCGACCGAAACGACACUGCUUACGCAUCUUACUUUGCUUGGCAAGAAUACGGGAAGAUUGUGGUAAGAACAUUAAGCGGAACUGUGUUGAACGUUCAAAGGUAGUUGCGUUUGUCGCGCACGACCCGAAAAUAUUACUUCGUGCAAUUAGGCAGUUCUUGUCUUAGAUGGCUAAAAGACAUAUUUUCCAUCACACCUUAGUCCAUCGAUCUUUCUGGUGUGUGACGUGCAUUUGAUUUGGUGCAAUGUGUAAACGACUGAACGGGUUUUUAAGCAAAUCCUAUCACUUCUGUAUUUAAAAGUUAUUUUAUAAAAAAUACCAGGACAAAAAUCCCAUGAAGGCAUAGGACGCACCAAAUGGUAUUGAAAACAUGGUUUGUUAAACAUGGCAUAGCACGACGGACGUACGAAUCCAUGUGCUGUAUAAAGAGGACUAUACUGGGGAUAUGCAGAAAAUAUUAACCAAACAUAUAAGCCGCGUUCUCCGUUGGCAUUAGAGUACUUAAUUAGGAUUUUCGAAUAAAUCGUCAUCAGGCAGAGUAUUUAGAUAUUCUGACCACGUCAGGAAGUCUGCUUUUAAACAAGCAUCAAAAUUACCGCAUGUCUAGGCUAUCAUAUUUUUAGAAAAAAAUCUAUUACUAGCAUGAAUUUUCCCACCGAUUUGUGAAAUUUUUACAUAUGUAGAUGUAUUUUACAGAAAUUAUGAAAAAAAGUAUUCUGUCAUUCCUUCUGCGAAUUUGGUACUUACACAAUUUAAUGUCGUUAUCGUUUUUAAGGUAUUUGCAAUUCCGGCCCUAAAUUUGUCCUGCCGCUACACGUGCUUACGUGAGUUCAAACAACUAACUGUAAAAUCAUGCACUUCUCUUCCUUUUUAAGAAAACGAGGAGGCCUUUGCACUCCGACUGCGGUUUUUUCUAAACAUCAGUACUAGGCUAAUGAUUUAAAUAUUCCCCGAUGACUAUAAUAAUCCAGAAUUAGAAUGCAACGGGUGAAGUAGAAUUUCUUCAUCAUUGGUCUUCGACGUUGUAAUUGCCUCCGAACAAAUGUUGCAUGAUAUGAGAAUUAACACAAGAGAUUUUAGUAUUUUGACUUACACAAGUUUUGGCAACCCACAAUUACAGCACAGAUACGGACGCCUGGUCGAGUGAGGAGAUUUAUUUUACUACAGUGGGUGGUACCGGAUUUCUUGCUACGGCCAUUCCCUGUAGCUAAAUAUUGUAGCUUUUAGGUAACAUCCUCGAAUUGGAAAAAAUUACUGAGCCAGGUGUCCAUCUUGGAUGCCCAUCAAAUGGGAAAUAUCGCAUGCAGACCAAUCAAACAACGGUGUGACCGAGUCAACGGAUAUUGCUGAGACCUCUCAGCAAAGACAACAGAGCGGUCAACGGAGGUCAUACGGAAUAGUCGCCUUUGUUCACACGCAAUUUGGGCUGGGGUGUUAGAUACAGACCAACCGGGCUUGAUGCCCCUGUCUUUGUCGGUACAUUGUCUUGUUGAAGACCUGUUGAGUAUGUUGCCUGUUAGAGGUGAGCACUAGCUCGUAAUCCCGAUUGGUUCAAUCAGAUUUCACAUGUUGCGCGAUCUAUCGAUGACAGGGUUCUUACGUGCAUGCUUAUUCAGGUAACUCUGUCUUUUUUUCUCUCACAGGGAACGAUUGAUACUCACCUCUUCCUGAAACCAUGACGCAUUAGUUUACUUGUGUUUUAGACGGAAACAAGGACAGAAUGUCGGCUGUGUGGUUUUGUGCACAAGCCCCUCGGUGAACUGUCUUUAGUUACCCUUAACAACUUCGAUUACUUCACUAAUGUGUCCAGCCAGUGCAUAGCAUACUGAUACAUAGAAAAGAGAAGGAGAGACUAUGCAGUAAUGAGUAAAAUUUAUUUUUGUGUUUUAUGCGUGGUCUUGUCUUUCCCGAUAUUGGAAAUUUUCAUAAUUCAAAUAAACAUUAGUAAGUGUCUAAAUGCAUAAUAUGCGGGCGUCCUAUUAUUGGGAGGACUCUUGGAGAGUUCCGUAUUUUCCCAAAUUGCUAGACGGCGUCCUCCCCAGAAACCGAUACUACACAUCCUGACCUGACGGUCGAUGCGACGGAGAUAUCAAGAAACGACAAGACUGCAAGCAAAUGUUGCUGAUGUUGAUUCGUCAUGCGGAUCACCUUCAAACUGUUUAAAUACCCCGUUAACGUAUUUAAAAUGUAACAACAACUGCGAAGUCUGAAUCCAUUUUCCGUGAUAGCUUGUGCUGGAUGGAUGAUCUGGGUUUCAUAAAAAGCGUUUCCUCGGUAAACCUAUGCAUUCUGGUCUGAAUGCUUCUUUUCUGCAAUGUGAGAAAUAGUGUGACUUAUCGUGGUCAUGAUAUAUUUCCUAGGUUUAAAAGCAAACAGCGUUUGCUUACUGAGGGAGGAUAUAAACAAAGAAAAUCGACUGUCAUUUUAAAUUAUGUGAAAGCUUGAGGAUACUAGGGAUUCGUCGAUGCUAAAGCAGAUUAUGUCCAAGCAUGUAUUUAUGGGUUAAAGACAGCUGCGCGUUAUAUAAUCCACAAAGGUAAAUUCUUUUGGGGAAGUCAAGAUUGCUUAAUAUAGCCCUGAGUGCAAAGUUAUCUUCAUUCCUGCUGUAUUGGUUCAAUAAACUGGGUUGGACGUUGAUGAGAUUGGAACGACUGUUCAUCCGUUGCAAACGUUGAUGUCCACUGUGUACUCCAUAUCAAAUUGACUCAGGCAUGGUGACUGGGGGGUGAAUUAGUUAACAGUAAGCUUAGACAUACGCAGCAUCUACCCCAUUCCUCAUUUACACUCGGAUCCAGUGUCAAGACACAGCCAAAAAGACCGGAGGCAAUAUUCAUAAUAAGGAAGAAUGACAGUAUUUGGCCAGAUGUACAAUUUGCGGCAUUCGUUUGCUGAUGCACUCUAAGAUACCUUCGUCGCUUUCAAAAAUAUCAAAAUACCUCGACCGUGUUAACCCAAUUGCUCAUAUGCUGACUUGACACAUGCUGUGGCUGCGAUAUUAGGAACCUACAAGCAAACAGAAGCCUUAAUGCAAUUCAAUCUAUCGAGGACGUGGGCAACUGUAUUUCAGCCGCUUUCAAUACGCUGCUGUCACUUGAGAAGGGAGUUGUGCGUUUUAAUUCCAGAUACUUGCAACAUGGAUCAAAGCCAUCUUAGUAAUAGGGUUUGGUAUUCAAUCGCUGUAUGAAGGAUCUAGUGCUCUCUGCUUCAAUUAAUCGUGCGCAUUUUACUUCCGUUCCGAGCUUAAAACAAAUAUAAUAUGCUGCGCAAAAUGAAGCGCUCGCGGGAUCAAAGAAAUAGCAUUGCUGAUCUUGUGGAGAACUUGGCCGUCUCUCCAUUAUGAGAGCGUCUCGUGCAAAAAUCGACCAGAAUUUUAAAUAAACGACCUACUUAGUUGGCCUCAGGGAAAUCGUCCUUUUUGUUUUUCGCUGCCUUGGCAUUCUGAUCGUCGUCUGUGGAUAUUGGUGUCCUCCUGUGUUGUCCGUCCUCAACUAAAUUGGGGUCAUUUGUGAAUGCAGCCCCCUUUUGUGUGAGUUUGUUGGCGGAACUAGUAGAAAGCACGAAUUGCUCUCUAAAGUUGUAUAAUUUAAGCAGAACAAAUGUGCCUAUCUAAAGGACGUAUUACGCAGUGCGAGUAGCGUGCAUGCAUGCUUAUGAUUAAAUAAUGUUCUGUAGUCUGUCGAACGUGUCAGGAAGACCUCUUUUUUUUCUGAGAGACACCAGUCCGGUGGUCGAGUUAAAAUUGCUCGAUGAGAUGCCUUGUGCAAUGCCUUUUGAUUCAUCCGCUGAUUUGAGGCGGACUACUAUCUACAAGACGUCAGCGUGCUAACUGUCCUCUAUUCCCCAAAAACUUCCACGCAUCGUUCAAUUUAGGUUAGAUGUCUCUGACGUAGCGACGAGCGGGCUCUCGGUUCGGUUUUGAACACUAAGCUACCAACACACACCGAAUGCUCAAAGUUCGCGCCAAGUGUAUUGAAACCUCCUUAAGUUCAUAUGAUUGACAGAGGCGACAGAUCUCACCACAUAAGUAAACAGGACCCAUUCCUGUGACAGCAUGUUGGAAUGACAAGACAAAUAAUGUUCCAAUAUUCCGCAGUGGAUAAAAUACAGGGCCAAAUGAUGUCUUUACUCUUAUUUAAUAACGAUAAUUACUAAACUUCACAUGUCAGACGAUUUUUGAGAAAAUUUUAAUUAGCAUAUAAUUGUUUGGUUUGGUGCAGAAUUGAUCUUCCAGCAUGGUCCAUUUAGAACCUAGCGACCACACACCUACGCUCAAUCUGUAAAUACAAUUUCAUUUUAAAUAACGAAAUUUCUCUAUUAGGCAAUUCAUAGGAAUAGCAAGAAUGUAGGUUUCCUUCAGGAAACACUAAAAUUACAGAUCAGAAGAAGAAGAAGAAGAGGAAGCGAUCGCUGGAACAAGGGCUCUAUUCGCCUGACGUUUCGGAUUCUCACUUGAACCCACCAUCGGAGACAGUGGCAGACAAGGGUGAGUCGUGCACAGGAAGUUGCAGUAUUUAUAGGAUGCAGUCGCUAUGCUACCGGCAUGCCUAUAGCAAUUAACCAAGCUCCCCUUCAUCAAGGAUGGCUGACCGCUGUUGCGCUAAUUGCUUGAACGAGCUCGCGAGCGGAGAGCAACACGCGAUGCAGCACUGGGGAACAACUUCCAAAAACUGCCUGAUCCAACGUCAUCCAGAGGCGGCACACUGGUGCACAACAUUUCGACAAAGGCACUGACGAAGGAGCAAGUACAGGUUUUACGGCACGAAGCCUCAUUCAACACAUCUGACGCCAAAGCUGUCAACAUGAUUGCAGUAGUGGAAUCGGUCAUUAAUUAGACGGAAGCGACGGAGGACACGAAUAACCUUAUCCGACAUCAAGUAGCGUAACACCUUACGACUCACAAGCCACGGGAAUUACUCCCGAAGGUCAAACGCGAUGCACUAGGAGAACUCAAGGCCGACAAGGACAUCGUCAUCGUGCCCGCGGACAAGGGGCGUUCCAUAGUCCUACUGGACAGAACAGACUGCCUACAGGAGGCCAAAAACCUACUGGGGGGUCGCCAGUUUUAUGUCCCAUGUGAAACUGAUCCCGUAAAAAACGCUGACGCGCGAAAUUACUGCGACACCGUUGACAUUGGAGAAGUCGGGUGCAAUAACAUCAACCGACCGACGCAUGCCGAUAGUCAAAGAAAUGGUCUUGGCCCGAUUCUAUGGUCUCUCCAAGGUGCACAAGGAGGGCGAUCCUCUCCGGCCCAUUGUAUCGCUCAAAGGCACUCCAACGUACGGACUGGCAAGAUGGCUGCUUCGGCGCCUCACAUUUCCGACAGCUGAUUCGGACACCACCGUCUGUUCCUCAAGACAAAUCCUGGAGAAUCUUGAAGGAGUAAGUCUCUUGCCAAAUAAGGUCAUGGUAUCUUUUGAUGUCACGUCCCUCUUUACUUAUAUCCCUCAGGAUCUGGCAAUCGAGGCCGUUGAGCUACUCCUACGAAUCAAAAACAAUGAAACGGGGAAUCGUCUCGGACAUACCAAAGGCAUUCAGCUCCUAAAAUUCUGCCUCAGAACGUAG